AUGGUUGUACCCGUUUCGAGACAAUUCGAUAAAUCCCGACUUGUAUUGGAGACACCGGAGCAAUUAAACGCUUCGAUUCCAUUUGACAAGCGACACCAUGUAAUAUUCGGCUACAACGCGACUUUGGCGUAUCUCCAACUCUAUACGAAGCCUAUCGACUCAAAAGAAGAGCUGUUCCUCUUCUUUACAUGCAGCGGCAGCAAAGGCGGUCGAGAUGACUGGAAUCCGAACUGUGCCACUGCUCGCGAGAAGGUCUACGCUACAUUUGCCAAGUCACCAUCUACGAAUCGUCUGGUUACCAUUCACGCAGGUCCUCGUGAGGAUUGGAUGGGUGGUAAUGCCUUCACUGACGAUGAUGAUCUUCGUCUUAAGGCUGUUCCCACGCUAAUGCGUUGGGACGGCGGUGUGCCCGGUGCUCUACGCUCUACGUGGGGUGUCCUAGUGGAUAAUUCGAUUCUUUAUGAGCCGCUAGUGCGCUAUCUCUUCCGCAAUGCCGACGAACAAGACAAGUUACUAGCGAAACCAGAAGUUGAGACCAAGGAGAUCGUUACACUGAGAGGUUACGCACAGUACCGAGCGUACGUGGAAUCUUACGCCAAUGAUGGGACUUCGUACCCUCUUUUCAUGAUGAUGGUAUCGGGUCGAUUCCAACGCAACAACCGCUUGUGGUGUCCGUGGUGUCGACAAUCCGAAAUGCCGGUAGAGUAUGCGUUCUAUGCCUACGCUCCAGCCAAUGCCAAGCUGGUCCUUGUGGAGACGUAUGACAAGUACAGUGAGUGGCGGAAUCCCGAGAACGCAUUUAAAAAGGAUCCUCAGCUCGCGAUGAAAGGAGUACCGUGGUUCUACCGAGUAUAUCCAGGCCCACCUGGAGCGGCACUCACUUAUCAGCGUGUCAAGAAGAAGUUCUACAUACUCGAGGCCUUGCAGCAGGUCUUCGAAGACUCCGGAUGA